CUGAGGGACACCGUGACAUUGAUCACAUCGUCCCAGCCAUUUCCAACAAGAGGUCCCGCCUCAGACCGAGAGCUUUGUAUCAGGAGUGCCUGCAGGUUAGCAUCCCGCCUGGUUAUUCGGCGAGAUUGAAAAUGGACAUUGGAAUUCGCUACAUUUUGCUGCUGUUGGUGUUUCAGUGGCGGCUGUGCGGCGCUAUACAGUGGCUUGCCAUCGCUGUCAGCGGCACCGCUUUAGGCUGGAACCAGACUCAACAUUGCAAACUGGCUGGCUUAGUCCCAGACCAGCAGCAGCUUUGCCGGAGGAACCUGGAGCUCAUGCACAGCAUUGUCUUCGCGGCCAAGCAGACGCGGCUGGUGUGUCAGAACGCCAUGGCAGACAUGAGAUGGAACUGCUCCUCAAUCCACCUGGCACCCCACUUCAAUCCAGAUCUGAACAGAGGAACAAGGGAAUCAUCCUUCGUGUACGCCCUCUCUUCUGCUGCGCUCAGUCACUCCAUCGCUCGGUUCUGUGCCUCUGGCGAGUUGCCAACCUGCUCCUGUGGUCUCAUCCCAGCAGAGGUUCCCGGGCCUGACUUCAGGUGGGGUGGUUGUGGGGACAACCUCCGCUAUGGCCUGCAGCUUGGCUCUGUUUUUGCAGAUGCACCAGUGAAAGGCAACAGGGCUGGAACACAGGCAAACAGGCUGAUGAACAAGCACAACAAUGAUGUUGGCAGACAGGCAUUGAUUAAUUCUUUGGAAACCAAGUGCAAGUGCCAUGGUGUUUCUGGCUCAUGUUCUGUAAAAACAUGCUGGAAGGGAUUACAGGAACUAAACAAGAUUGCGGUGAACCUGAAGUCAAAAUACCUGGCAGCCACCAGAGUGAUUCACCGUUAUGUUGGCACAAGGAAACAGCUGGUGCCUAAAGAGCUCGAUAUUAGGCCAGUUAGGGAAAGUGAACUGAUUUACCUGGUGGGCUCACCUGACUACUGCACAACAAGUGAAAAGCAAGGCUCCUAUGGCACCCAUGAAAGACAGUGCAACAAGACUUCUGUGGGCAGCGACAGCUGUAACCUGAUGUGCUGUGGUCGGGGAUACAAUGCAUAUACAGAGACAAUUAUAGAGAGAUGUAGUUGCAAGUAUCACUGGUGCUGCUAUGUAACCUGCAAAAAGUGUGAAAGGACAGCAGAAAGGUAUGUGUGUAAGUAACCGCCAAGAGCCUUACUGUACAAAAUGGCAUCAUAGCACUAGACUAAAUUGAGCAGUAUCUGAGAACAUAAACUGUGAGGAGAAUUUUAAAUAUCUGGAGACGGUUUCCAAAAAAGACCAGUAUUCCUUGGAUACUACUGGGAGAAUGAGUGGAAUUGAGAAACCUCUGUAUUGAAAGAAAGGAACAGCAGAUAAAGGCAAAAUUUAAAGAGCCAAGAGAAUGGACUCUGCUAAUCAUCUUCAAAAGAUUGGCAA